UUGCAUCAAGUUACACUUGGCUGAAAGUGUUGUUGCUAGACUUUUGUACAGUGUUACAGAAUCCGUUUCUAGUGUUUCCAAUGCCUAAAAAUAGCAAAGUUGCAAAGAGGGAACUGGAUGAAGAUGUCACAGAGUCUGUCAAGGAUCUUCUUUCCAAUGAGGACAUGAAUGAUGAUCAUUUUAAGAAGAGUGCAUUAUAUGUUGAUGAUCCCCAGACUGACAAAGAUGUGGACAUUGAAGAAGGAUCUGAUACUGAAGAUGAAAGGCCUGCCUGGAAUAGCAAACUUCAAUAUAUUCUGGCACAGGUUGGAUUCUCGGUUGGUUUAGGCAAUGUAUGGAGAUUCCCAUAUUUAUGUCAAAAAAAUGGUGGAGGUGCCUACCUCGUGCCUUAUUUGCUUUUGCUGCUUGUUAUUGGGAUUCCACUGUUUUUCUUGGAGCUUGCAGUGGGUCAAAGAAUCAGACGAGGCAGCAUUGGUGUGUGGAAUUUCAUCAGCCCAAGACUUGGAGGAAUAGGAUUUUCAAGCUGCAUUGUGUGUUUCUUUGUAGCUCUGUACUACAAUGUCAUUAUUGGCUGGAGCUUCUUUUAUUUGUCCAAGUCCUUUCAGCAUCCAUUACCAUGGGAUCAGUGUCCCUUGGAGAAAAAUGGCACAAAGACCUUUGUUGUGCCUGAAUGUGAAAAAAGCUCUGCCACUACUUAUUUCUGGUACCGAGAAGCGCUGGAUAUAUCUAACUCCAUCUCAGAAAGUGGGGGUCUGAAUUGGAAGAUGACUAUCUGCCUGUUCAUAGCCUGGCUUAUGGUCUGUCUUGCCAUGAUCAAAGGCAUUCAAUCUUCAGGAAAGGUGAUGUAUUUUAGUUCUCUGUUUCCCUAUGUUGUACUUAUCUGCUUUCUGGUUCGAGGUCUUCUUCUAAAAGGUUCUAUGGAUGGCAUCCGAUACAUGUUUACCCCGAAGUUGGAGAUCAUGUCGGACCCUCAGGUCUGGAGAGGGGCUGCAACCCAAGUAUUCUUUGCCCUGGGGCUGGGAUUUGGUGGUGUGAUUGCUUUCUCCAGCUACAAUAAACGAGAUAACAACUGCCAUUUCGAUGCAGUCCUUGUGUCCUUCAUCAAUUUCUUCACAUCUGUCUUAGCAACCCUUGUAGUGUUUGCUGUCUUGGGAUUUAAGGCAAAUAUUAUCAAUGAAAAAUGCAUUGCUAGAAAUGCAGACAAGAUCCUGGAAAUGCUAAAAGUAGGUGCAGUCAGUCAUGAUCUUAUCCCUCAUCAUGUUAACCUGUCAGAUGUUUCAGCAACAGAUUACCAUCAGAUGUACAACAUUAUAAAGGAAGUAAAGGAAGAAGAAUUUCUAAAGUUAGGCCUGGAUUCAUGUCAACUGGAGGAUGAACUUAACCAGGCUGUGCAAGGAACUGGUUUAGCUUUUAUUGCCUUCACUGAGGCCAUGACUCACUUCCCAGCGUCCCCCUUCUGGUCAGUGUUAUUCUUCCUGAUGUUAGUAAAUCUGGGCCUGGGCAGCAUGUUUGGCACUAUUGAAGGAAUACUCACACCUCUUGUAGAUACAUUCAAAGUGCGCAAAGAAAUUCUCACCAUUGGCUGUUGUCUCGUGGCUUUCAGUGUAGGCCUCCUCUUUGUGCAGCGUUCUGGAAACUACUUUGUAACCAUGUUUGAUGAUUACUCAGCCACACUUCCCCUACUAAUUGUGGUUAUCCUGGAGAAUGUCGUUAUCGCUUGGGUUUAUGGCACAAAUAAGUUCAUGGAGGACUUGAAGGAUAUGCUUGGAUUCACGCCUUUCCAAUAUUACUAUUACAUGUGGAAAUACGUUUCUCCACUUAUUUUAAUUGCUUUGCUUAUGGCAAGCAUUGUCCAGAUGUGCUUGAGUCCACCAGGCUACCAAGCCUGGAUUAGUGAACUGGGCGGUGAAAAAUUUCUGAAUUACCCAACAUGGGGCUUGACUGUCUGUAUCUGCCUUGUGGUAGUGGCAAUACUCCCUGUCCCAGUGGUCUUUAUCAUCCGUUGUUUUAACAUAAUCGAUGAUGGCUCCAACUCCCUGGCCUCGGUCUCAUACAAGAAAGGACGGAUUCUGAAAGAGAACCCCAACCUGGAGGAAGACGACGCCAGCCUUCUACACAGCAAGACCUCAAGUGAGAUGCACUCCCCAAUGGUUGGAAAUAGCAUCUACCGCAAACAAAAUGGAUCCCCCACCCCAGAAGCAGACACAGCUCCAAACGGCCGCUAUGGCAUUGGGUACUUAAUGGCUGACAUGCCUGAAUCAGACUUGUAGCGUCUGAGCAAGCUUUGCCCGUCUAUAUGUAUGUUGCUACAUUGAGCAGAAUUGCCACUCAAAAGCACGCAAAGUACUGAUGUGGCACACGUAUCAUGUAUAUCCUGUAGAUAGACUAUAUUUUUCCAUAUUAAUGAUACUGUCUGAAAUACAAGUAGCUGUGAGCAAAAUUGAACGUUAUACAUUUCUGCAUCCGACAGAUUUUAUUCAGUGUUCCCUCUACGGAAAAAGAAAGGUUGUUUUUCUCAAAGGACACCGAUUUACUUCCUAGUUAAGAGUAUUCUUUCUCACCAUGUCACUGAGAUUAGUAAAUUUGAGUUUUUCACUCCUCAACUUUUCUGUAACUUAUGCAAAUAUUUGAAAUGGAUUUCAACACUGAAUCAAUAUACAAACUGAUAUUAUCCUAAAUUAUUUAGUAGCUUAUCAAACCACAGUACGUUCUCAGAAUUUUAUUUUAAAAAAGACAUUUAGUGGGAACACUUUUUUUUCUGCCAUGUAAGGGGUAAUUUCUCAAUCCUAUCCGCAGGGGACAUGAAUGGUUGUUGAGGUUUCAGUUCUCUGACACACAAGCCCAGGAAUUAAUUCACGCAGCACCCAUUUUUGGAUGCUACUCGGACCACUAAAGCCCAAUAUGGUGGGCAGCGAGCAUGGGCAGUUUUCUAGUCAGAAGUACUUUGCCUGCUGUACUGGAUAAGGAUUGUUAAGAGGUAUCUCCCUUCCCAACAGCAAUGUGCCUACACCACAUGGACUGCAGCAGUUCAAGAAGGCAGCUCACCACCACCUUCUCAAGGGCAAUUAGGGAUGGGCAACAAAUGCUGGCUUUACAAGCAAUGCUCACAUCCCACAAAUGAAUACAAAGCAGGAGUUUGGCCUGUUACUUGCAUAUGCAAAUAGUCUAAGCACUUGUUUAAAGUCACCUUUCCGAGAUUGGUUCAUUCUGAGUCAGCAAAAAGUGUAAGUAAAAUAGCUUGAUUGUGGAGUGGGGAGGAGCACACUCUAUUAAAAGGAUCCCCCACCUCACUUCCCUGCCCAAUCACCACUACUCCCAAUCCUUGCAAUUCCAGGCAAUGAUCUCCAACAUUGUCCCUAAUCCAGGCUGAGCUCCCUGUCCCCAUGUUCCCACGCCCUUGCACUCACCCCAGCCAGAUUCUAGAUCACUUUCCAGUCCCUUUCCCCUGGAUUCAUGUACCACUAGCACUAUAGCAGCAUUCUAAUUGUUCACUACACUUUGCCAGCGAGCUGUUACAAUGAGGCUGAGGUCCAGUAUCUGGGGAGGUCGAAUUUCUGGGCCACCCACACUGCAGCCUCUUGUUGAGGAGGAGCAGCACCAUGGAAUUUUUCCCUAAGAAUUCCAGUUAUACUCCAUAAUUGGUAACCUAACAAAAUAUUCUCAAAAUUUACAUAUAUCAACACCAUGCAUUACUACAAUUUAUUUUAGCUAGUUUGUUAAUUCUGAUGAAAAACAGGCUUACUCCCAUUGAUGUUUCUGAGGAGAGGAACUUCUCCCUCGAUAGACUGAUAACAGCAUCUACCCUUUAACAGUUGUAUGUAAAAUAGAGGUUAUGUGCUUUUUUUGCUGUGUGACCACAAGUGAGUGGCUGGCAUGAGCUACAGAUAGCUAGAGGGAGCUGUAAUUUUAAAACUGGCUGUAUAUUUUGUGUAAAGUGUUUGCUAUUAUUAAUUUGAAGAGGUAAAGUCCUAUUUUCAAGAGUCAAAACUGACUACUAUCAAACUGAUCAGUACAGUUAAUUUGGUGCCUAAUUAUUUUAGAUAUUUAUUGUGGUUUAGAAUAUUUAGUGAAUAAGCUAUAUAUUUAUAUUGCAUAUUGCAAAGUGUAUAUAUGUAUAUUUGCCUGGAUUUGUUUGAACAUUUUGAUGCAAAAAAGCUUUUUUCAACACUGAUAAGGCCUUUGAUUAAAUUCUUUGUUAAUUUUGUUAAGUUGGUUUCCUUGUAGUAAAGGUACCACUUUACUUUUCCUGCAGAGGAAGGUUUAGGAUCUUGAGUUCUUCUGGAGCUCUGUAGCCUUUGUUAUAAUUCAUGUGAAAUUAAAC